UCGAUUAUAUUCGUCGUUAUCGAAAGUUCACUACCGACCGGUUGCGUCAGAAGUACGAGAAUUUAUAUUUCCUUCUCAACAUAAACAAAUCAUCAUGUCGCACGGCACCGUUGAUAAAGGUGAAUUGAUGGACCAGGUGAAGCAGCAGAUUGCUGUUGCAAACGCCCAGGAAUUGCUCACACAAAUGACCACAAAAUGUUUUAAAAAGUGUGUUGGCAAGCCCGGAACUUCACUGGAUGCCUCCGAGCAGAAAUGCGUAUCCUUGUGUAUGGAUCGUUUUAUGGAUUCAUGGAAUCUUAUCUCCAGAACCUAUGGCCAGAGGUUGCAACGCGAACAAUCGAAAAUGUGAGCUACAUUCUACACUGCCACUUGUGAAUUAGGCUGAAAGUGGCGUGUUUUGACUAAUCGUUGUAGUUAGUACUACUUAGUUCUACUUGUUAAAAAAUAAAUCAUUUAAAACAAAUUUUUCAUACAUAAUUGUCGUU